GCACGUUUUGCCUUUAUUUGCCAUAUGUAAUUUGCCACUAAUGGUGUUCAACAGUUACUUUAUUAUUGCCAGAAACUUCCAACCCGAGUUAUUAUACACGUUGUGAGAUUAACAAUUAAGGAACCAAGUUAACAUGGCUAGUACGCGGAUCCCCGAGCAGAAAGUGAUUCUUUGCGGCGAAUACGGUGUGGGGAAAUCCUCGCUGUUCAGGAGAUUCGCACAGAACUCGUUUGUUGCGUCCUCGGACCGCGCCUCUACCCUUGGUCUAGACCAUUUUGACAAAGUUUACAAGGUCACUGGAAGGGAGAUUAAGUUACAACUGUGGGACACUGGCGGCAUGGAGCGAGUGGCUUCGAUCACAUCGUCAUAUUAUAAAUUCGCUGAAGCAGCCAUCCUUGUAUUCUCUUUCGAUUCUCCAGACUCCUUUAAUAUUCUUUCUCAACAUUUGUUAGAUAUCGUUAGCUACGCGGAAAAUGCCAAGAUUUUCCUCUGUGGCAACAAGACUGAUAUCAGCCAUAGUCAGCUGGUAACAGACGCAGACAUUGAGGCAUUCUGCGAACAAUGCCGCAAUAUGGUUUCUGGAGUGUACCGGACUUCGUGUAAAACGGGCCAAGGUGUGGAAGAAAUGUUUGAGGAUAUCGCGAAGCAUCUAGUACACGGUGUUCGAGUUAGGGACCUCGACGAAGCUCUAUAUAGAGACGCGUUUAAGGUAACGCGUGAUGCAAAUGCGGCUGAAGACGACGUAUGCAUGUGCUGAUGCUCCAACCCAAGACUUGCUAUAUCGUAAAAUAAUAUGCAGUUUGUAGACGUCCAAAAUACAGGCAGUCGAGUGGCUUCGAAAAGACAUUAUUUUGUAAGUGGAGCUAUAAGUUGACGUGAUCGUCGCGCUCGUGUCAAGUGGGGAAUCAAGCGGAGCUUCGAGACGGAGCUAUGAAUGGGUGAAAUGUGUGUAUAAUAAUGUGAACGGUACUUGAUCAAAACUUGGGUGAUAAGAAAAAGAAUUUAUGUUGCUAUUGUGAGUCGCUGGUUUAAGUUUCCGUCUAAUUUCUAAAAUUGGCCAGAUUUGAUAGAGACCGCUGUCCUAGCAUGAUGAACGAUUUAGAGGCAAUGGAAAAUUAGAGUUCGAUAGGGUAUUUUUAAUGUCGCAGUAGUGAUUCCCUAAGUGCCCGGUAUCUUGGCUUUACGAAGCCUAUAACGUUCGAGCUCAAUGUAGACUUGACAAGUUAGUGACAGUGUUUCGAACAGCGGCAAAUCGAUCGGAUGACAUUUUAUUACUACUUUUUGUUGAUUCCUUCAAUUUUUUACCGGCAUUUUUUUCGUCAUAAAGAUGUGCUCGGUUGAUCUUUAUAGCGAAGGCUUUAGAAAAGUCGACCAACAUAUAUAUACCAGAAGUUGUUGCUUAGCGUGAAUAUAUUUUUAAUAUGUUCUUAUAAGGAUUUCAGAAGGAGCAGCUGCUGCUAUCAUAUCGAGAGGCCCAUACAAGUUAUUGUGGGUGAAAAAAAUACUAGUAAAUAUGGGGCAAAAAGAUAAGUCUAUGUAAAAAAAUAUUUUGCCAGUAGGAAAAACGAACAAAAUUUGAACCUCUAUCGUUUGCCGAGAUACCCUCUUCGGAGCGUUAAGUACGCGAAGCCAACGGAUAAAGGUUUUAAUUUAUUAUGUUUUCGUUGCGUUACCAAUGUGUAUAUAUUAUAGUAAUUUAUAUUUGGCAAUUUGUUCUUUGUUAAGUUUUUGUUCAUUAGUUCGCUGCCCACCUUUUGUACAACAUUGUUUUCUAGCGGAGACAGUGUUGUGGCAAAGUGAUGCCUUGAUUAAAACAUGCAGGAUGCGUGUCAAAAUUUAAAGGAAAAUGAAACUACUUUCGAGACUAUUGAAAACAAUGGGGUUGGACUGUUAGGUUCGAAUGUGAUAAAUAUAUAUUUUAAUCAAUGUGGAAAGAAGACUGUCGCUUUUUGUUACGCGACCACGACGUUAUAGAGAUUUGUGGGAUUUAAAUUGGACACAUCACUUUAUCGAAUAACGUUAGAGAAGCUGAUAUAUAUCGCGCCGUGCAUACAAGACCUUUAACAAUUCUGUUUCUGCAGAAGCGAUUUUGGAAGAACUCAAUCAUAGAAAGGUUCGAGAUCUAACGUGUCAUCAAUACCGUAUUCCUAUAAAUGCGCGCAUUAGCACAUUAAGAGAUUUUUUGUUUCGAGACUAGGCCACGUAAAGCUUGAGGAUGGCCAAUAAAGUCCUAAAUCUAAGCCAAACUGUAUCUGACGAUAGGUUGUACGGCCGGUGUGAAUGUGUGUAUUGUACAUUUGCCAUUUGGACAAGAUUAAUGGGAAAAGGAGGGCGAAGAUUUGCUUGGCAUACCAACUGGUUGAAAAAUAUUUUAGCACCAAUUGAACUGUUGGUCGGCCGUAGCACCUGUGAUUUCUUGAUUACAGCAUAGAGAACGAAGUAAUAAUAAUAGUACUAUUCACAUAAACAUUUUGUACUGAGAUAUAGAAGAACGGUGAAGACACAAAAUAAAACAAUCUAUACAUUAUAUUAUUAUGAACUUCGCUGUUGCAAAAGAAAGCGUUUGAAUAUGGCCGUAGAGGAAGCGCCUCAGAUGUACGAGCCGAAUGUAGCUUGUCUGGAAAAAGGAAAGGAAUAUAUAUGUACCAUAUGCCCAGGAUGUGCGCUUUACUGUGACGAUCAGACGGUAUCGACGUAACGUUGUAAAGCAUUUGCUUUUCUCAAUGCGCACAGCCGAAUGUGAUUGUAGCAUUGGCGCUAAGGAGGGUUUCGUUCUAGCAAAAAACAAAACGUUGAGUGUGGGUGUCUUUUGUUUGGAAGGUACAAUAGUUGUUUAUCCGAUCGACAGUGAGUGAGCUGAAAUUACAGAGGAGUGCUUUUGGAUCGCUGGGGUUUAAGUCAGAACACUUUUCCGAUGAUUUGUGCGUGUGUGUGUGCGAGUGAAGUCGUGUUAAGAAAUCUAUUAUUAAUAAUUCUCAUUUGUUAAUGACCAUUUAACCUUCCACCAACCGCUAGUAAUAUAUUUCUAUAACUAAAGAAAAGUGUUUACCGAGGAUAUAUCAUAAAGGUGGAAUGAGUUAAAACAGGUCUGAUCGUUUUAAACUCAAAGCGAUCCAAAACCUCCAGCAGUUCGCGCUCAAUAAUAAUAUUAGCUAUAACAGCAUAAGUAACUCCUCUAAUUUUGAGAAGUACUUAUUUAUGAAAGGUACGAAAAUAAAAUCGUCAAAUGUGUACGCGAAACAUAAUUCUGCGUAUUCAAUAUUUUCAUAUAUGUAAAUAUGGCAAAAUAGGCAUGUUAGAUAUUUCUAGAAAGUGUUACAAGACCCGAAGUCAGCCUUGGAAGAAGUGAUAGAGCUCAAUGUAUAACAAAGAAAUGAUUUAGCUGAAGC